AAGCAAACGAAAGAAGGAAGAAAGGAGAGGAAAUAAGGAAGGAGCGAACAGGGAGAGCGUAAAUGGAAAGAUGAGGAAGGGGGGAGGAAGGAAAGAAGCGCGCAAGGAGCCUAGGGAGGGAAGGAGAAAGGGAGUGAACUAAUUCAUUUUCACGCUGUCGUCUCUGUCCCGUGAAGGCUCGCCGCGCCGCGCGUUAACCCACGCCGCUCCGCUCCGCACCGCACCGCUCCGCUCCGCACCGCACCGCUCCGCACCGCGCACAUUCUUCAACACGGUCGGGAUUUCACGUCCGACCCGCGCGCAGCUCCCACGCGGCGCUCCUCCGAGCCGACGACGGCCAGGCAGGCACCCAGCGGGGCGUCACGGGACCGGCAGCGCUCCGCCAGCAGGCACGCGAGCAGAGGCGAAGGCACCCGCACCCACGAGCCGAGCGAGCAACCAUGGAGGGCUCGGCCAACGGCUCGGACGCGGAUUACCGAAACCACACCGGCGGCGCGUGCCUGAACUUCACCGAAGCCGGCAACGGCACGAGCUUCGCGGAGGCGCCGUGCGAGGUGGACGACGCCAACCCGGUCAUCAUAGCGAUCAUCAUCACCGCUCUCUACUCCAUAGUGUGCGUGGUGGGGCUGAUUGGGAACGUGCUGGUCAUGUACAUCAUCGUCAGAUACACUAAAAUGAAGACCGCCACCAACAUCUACAUCUUCAACCUGGCGCUGGCCGACGCGCUGGUCACCAGCACGCUGCCGUUCCAGAGCGUCAACUACCUGAUGGGGACGUGGCCCUUCGGCGACAUGCUGUGCAAGAUGGUGAUGUCCAUCGACUACUACAACAUGUUCACGUCCAUCUUCACCCUCACCACCAUGAGCAUCGACCGCUACAUCGCCGUGUGCCACCCGGUCAAGGCGCUGGACUUCCGCACGCCGCGCAACGCCAAGAUCGUCAACGUGUGCAACUGGAUCCUGUCGUCGGCCAUCGGGCUGCCCGUCAUGUUCCUGGCCUCCACCGCCGCCAUACCCUGCCACAUCGUCGACUGCAAGCUGAUCUUCCCCCACCCCUCCUGGUACUGGGACACCCUGCUGAAGAUCUGCGUGUUCAUCUUCGCGUUCAUAAUGCCCGUCCUCAUCAUCACCGUCUGCUACGGCCUCAUGAUCCUGCGGCUCAAGAGCGUGCGCAUGCUGUCGGGCUCCCAGGAAAAGGACCGGAACCUGCGCCGCAUCACGCGCAUGGUCCUGGUGGUGGUCGCUGUCUUCAUCAUCUGCUGGACUCCCAUCCACAUCUUCGUCAUCAUCACCGCUCUGAUCAACAUCCCCAACUCCACCCUGCAGACCAUCACCUGGCACUUCUGCAUCGCCCUGGGCUACACCAACAGCAGUCUGAACCCGGUUCUGUACGGCUACCUGGAUGAGAACUUCAAGCGCUGCUUCCGCGAGUUCUGCACCCCGAGCCCGUCGGUGCUGGAGAUGCAGAACUCGUCCCGGACCGGCGCCACGGGCCGCAAGCUGCAGCAGCGCGAGCACAUCAGUGCAAACACAGGAGAAAGGUCCAAUCAGCAGGUAUGACUAGCCUUGGAGAGGUCGUCGGUUGACUCUCGUUGUUGCGGCGGCGUUGCCAACGACGAUCUCAACUCAGAGGUUACACAGGUCACGACAGGGCUCUGACCUCACACACAAACAAGCCAGGACACAAUCAAGUAGCUCAAUGACUGCGUAAGGCAUUUAAUUAGCACUCACCAUCCUUGUUUAUUACAAUGACAUAACGUCUCAUGACAUAACAUAAAGGACAAGCAUCUUCUAACACACACACCGAUAUAUAUUAUAAUUAUAAUUAUAAUUAUAUUAUAAUUUUUUUUUAAAUGUUUCUUUCAGUUUAACGUAAAGGAUUAAAUGAACACUCACACUAAACUCUUAACCUGUGUUAACAAAUGCACACGCUCUUUUUUUCGAGUUUGAAGAAAACAUGUAUUGUUGGUGAAUUAAGUCAUUAGAGUACAUUUAUAUUUUGUAUAUAUUCUCUGACCGACAUCAAAUGAAUUCUUUGCCCUGAAUCUGGCAGGAAAUGACUGAGCAGCUAAAUAUAAUAACGGUAUGAGGUGAAUGGGUAGAAGAUAGAAUCCCAUGACCGAAUCUGAGGAUACAUGGAUGUAAGCUGUAGAUCUAAGACGUCCAGUGACCCGUGGUCCAAUGAUGCCUGCUGUAAAAUCCUCUUUCGGACAUUGAAAAAGAGAAUAACUGGACAGUUGUUCAUCGCAGCCACCGUCACUGCCUCUGCGCUGACUCAGUACCGGUUCACUCCAUCAGGCCGUGCUCCCGGUCCAUUAGGACUGUUCUCCCCUGACUGAUCACGGCACCGAGCCGGCGACUGUGUCCACUCACAUCUGUGCUCUCUUCCAUUACAUCCUUCCUGUUUUCAUUCACCAGCCCCCCCCCCCCCCCCCCCCCCCCCCCCCCACUCCCCCGCUGCUGGUUUACUGGACCUGGCCUGUGGUUGUGCUUUCCCUGCUUCGUCAUGCUGAACUUGGCAUGUUUCGAGUGUACUGAGGGGAAACCAGCCGGAUCCGCGUGAACUGUGCAUCCUACGAACCAGCGAAGACGAAGAGGAUGUGUGCAAAGCGAGCACGUUUAUGAUUAACUCCAGCGGGUGUACGCAGGUUAAUCCCUCGUCUCGUUAAGUGUUUAACAGGUGGGCCGGGCGGGACCGUACAGCCGCUGUAAUCUUUCGACUUGCUUGAGCUUACGUGUUGUGCUGUGUUUUAUGUGUUACUGCCAUUUGCCUUUACAAAAGCUUUACUCAAUAUUUUGUGUAUCAGUAUUUUUACUAAAGCUUGACAACGAUGAACCUGAUUGUAUUAACGUCUGUGUAAAAUACUGUAAAUCGCCAGUCGCUCUUUUUUACAUGAAUUGAUGAAUUUGCCAUUAAACUGUGCGAUGAUGAGAUGGUGAACUACAGCAGUGCAUAAAGAAGGUGUAUAUAAAAUUAACAUGAUGCCUGUGAUACUGAAAAUUGUAAAUAUAUAUACAGUCUAUAUAGUUUAUAUUUCUUUCUUUGAGUUACUUGUGUGUAAUGAAGCAGUGCUGUUUAAAAGAAUCUACAUUAGACUGUUAUGUUACCCUUUCCUGUGUUCAGGCAUAGAACAGCUGUAAAGACAGAAAAACCGUUAAGAAAUAAAGGAUUCGCUCUCAGAAAAUCACAUUCUCUUAUAUGAAGGAUAGCAGAAUCACGUAUCAUGUGUUCUGUUUCAUUGACAAAUUUUUUUUGUAUAUGUGUCUUAAUCAACUGCACGUCAACUUAUGUGAUCUCAUAUUUCCCUUAACUCAUUUUAUUUCUUGUAGGUUUUUAGCUUCAUUUUUGCUUUGUUCUGUUUUGUUUUUGGUAUUUUGACGUCAUGUGGCCUUCAGAAGUUCACAAAAUACCCUGAAAAACAACGAAGCUAUUUCUUUUAAGUAAUGACUUGGAACACUGCAUGUUGCAUGAGGAAAUGCUGUAAAUAUAGACGCUGUGUUUGGAGGACAUUCUGACUUUCCUACGAAAGCAGCUACUUUAAUUCAUUGUGAGUCGGAAUUAAAUUAACUUAACACAGGUGACAUUUGACAUUAAUACAAUAUUUAUAAUUAAGCUUUUGCAGAAGGCGCCACUUGAGCCGCACAGAAGCUUCAUUCAAGCUAAAAGUACGACGCUGUCCUUGGUCUGUGCUCUUUGUAAUUAGCUUUGUUCACUUUACUUCUGACUCUGCGAUUGUGAAACUUGUAAUCUAAUGUACAGGCAAAUAUUUUUACUCGAAUGAUACUGUAACACAAAUAAUAUCAUUUUACUGUUAAUUGGUGUGCUGUCUGUGGAAUAAAGCGUGACCCUGAACUGUA